AUCACUUCCGUAAACAACAUCGAUCUCAUUCAGUCAUUGUGUAAAUAUUGGAUUAUUCCAGAUUUUUCGGAAUUACUCAUUGAUUUCCAAUCAUUUCAGCUGAUUUAAUUAUAUCUAGAAUCUAGAUUAAAAACGCUUUAAGAUCUAGAUCUUCAAUGAAUGCAUUAACUUAAUGUUAGCUGACUUUUGCACAUACUUAAAUUUUUUAUUUGUAAAUUUGCAUCCUAUGAAAAGUAGGUCACUCAACCAGCUGAUUUCUUUAUUUCUUACACCUGACCUGAAUGAAGUGAAUGUUUUGAAAAAAAAGUUUUCUUUGUUUUCGAGCCGAUCUAAUUGUACCAUAAAAUGUCUGAUGAGAAUGAGUCAAAGCGCUCGCCUUCCUCUCAACCGAUGGAAACAGGCCAAUCUCCUAGAACUCAAAACAUUCCAGAUGAACUUCUAAAUAUGGUUGGAGCUUCCCCUCCGAGAUUUGUUACAUUUGAACAGCUUAUGUCUGCUGCAGAUGGUAUAAAAAAUAUGACAUUAGCCCAUGAAAUUGCAGUAAAUAAUGACUUUGUUUUACAUAAGGAAGAAGACUCAUCUUCCAGUAUUGAAAAACAAGUUGCAGAAACUGUGAAACGAGCCUUCUGGGAUGCCUUUGCAGCAAAGAUAAGUCAAGAUCCACCUGAUUUCACAAUGGCUUAUGUCAUGUUGGAAGAACUUAAAGAGACUCUUGUGGGGAUCCUGCUACCUCAACAUCAGAGACUAAAAGAUCAGAUCAAUGAGGUGCUGGACAUGCCAUUGAUUAAACAGCAGAUGGAGCAGCGUGUGUUUGACUUUGAGUACUAUGGCAGAUACGUCACAGACACCAUGGCUAGGCUGUGUGCCCCUGCUAGAGAUGAAAAGAUUGCUGAGAUUAGGACCAUCCAAGAUGUGGUGCCCAAGUUCAAGGCUAUCAUGGAGACCUUGGAACUAAUGCGUAGAGACAUGGCCAACUUUACCAUCAAACAGAUUCGGCCUUACAUCCAACAGAACUCCAUUGAUUAUGAGAGGAAAAAGUUCUCAGAAUAUUAUGAAACUCAGAAAGCUCUAGGUGUAAAUCCAUUGAAAUAUACAGAGGUCUGGCUUAAGAGAAACUUUGAAAAACUCGUUCAAAGUACAGGCCAGAACUUGACCAGCAGUAGCACUACCUCCACCCCCACUCCUGCCAAUGUGUUGAAUGAAGCUUACAUUGAAGUAUUGGAAUGGUCUGACCCUAACAACUUUCCAGAAACACUCAUGUUAGACCAGUUGCGUUUCAUGGCUUUACGAGACAAGCUACACACUCUUGGUUUGAUCACCUCUGUCCAACUAAUUACCUACAGCGUAGUGGGUUCCCCUGUUGAAGGUGUUGAGGACUUGAAGCAGAAGUUGAGAGAUCAUGUUGACCUUCUACUGCAAGAUGUAGCUCAAAAAGGCAUUAAAGCUGUCCAGGAAUCAAUAGCAGAGCAGGUUGUCAAAGAUGUUAGUGACAGUGUCAUCCAAAGAGGUUUGCCCCCAUUGACUGAAAAGACCAAACUUGACCUCAAAGGUCAGAUUCUAAGUCUUGGGUCCAGAGAGAAUACAGUGAGAAGAUUAAUGAUCACUCGCCUUAUGGAGUUUAUCCGAGAAGGAAUGACAGGGAAGCAGUUAAACAGUUUGAGAGUGCCUAAAGGUUGCACCGUGGUGCAAGAAGAACUAUCACAGGUCCUUGGCAAUUUUCUACGCUUGACAUCCCACAAUCGAUCUGUGUUUGGAGAGCAGUACAGCCAAAUUCUGGGUCAGCUGAUGCACAGAUCUGGAAGUGACAUAUCUCCACGAGGCAACACUGUUGUCAACGCUCUGUGAAACACUGUGGAUCUCUUUCUUGGAAAAAAAAACAAAUCAGAUGGAGCUGAAAAGUAUCCCGAGGGCAUUGUUUGCUUAGCAUCUGUAGUUGGACUUUAGUUAAGGUAGAUACGUUUUGCAGCAGUAUGUAAUUGUAUUGAAGCAUUGAAUAGCAUUAAACUGUCAGAUGUUUGAUUAUCUGGUGGUCUUUUGAGUGUCUGACAUUUGAUUGUCAUAAAUUAUGGUCAUUUCAGUGUCAAACAUUUGAAUGUCAGAGUGUCAGCAGUUGCUCCUAUUUGAUGUCCACUGUAUUGCUGUCCUGUGAUAUUUUUAAUUGUUUACUAACAUUUGCCAAGAUUGUUUUUAAUCUAAUUUGCAUUAUAUUUCACAUUAUAUGUGAAGCAUUCAAUGGCAAAAGUAAAAAAUUAUAUUAUUCAUGUGUGACCAAAUAAUUAUGAAACAAUCUAACUUUCAAUAUAUAUUUCUAUUUUGUAAAGGACAUUUUUAGUAUACAUUCAGUAGCCAUUAAGAAGUAACUACAUCAUUUUACUUGAAAAAAAAUGUAUCUAUAAUUCCAAAGUUAACUGAAAAACAUUCAGUUCAGUAUACAAAUAUAAAUAUUAAAGCCUUCUGUUUACAGUACAGAUUUAAAGAUUUUUUUUUCUAAGGGAAAGGGGGGGGGGGCUGUGUUUGUAUAAAUACUUUUCUGUUUCUAUAAGCUCAUGAAAGUCUUGUUCUGGAAGACAUAUAGGGAGUUACACUGUACACCGUAGCAAUUAUUACAUGUUCUCAUGUAGCAAUUUCAUUGGCUGAAAAGUGUUCAAAAUUAAGUAUCAAAGCUUGUGCAUUAUUUAAUAAGGUCAUGGCCUUUUUGCAUAGAAAAAUCAUAAUAAAAAACAACACUUGUGCCUAAAAACAUGUUAAAAUAUUUUGUAGUCAUUUAUUUAACAUUUAUAUACAUACACGUUCUGACAUUCCACAUUCUAUUAGUAUUGAAAAGAAAUACUAAAAACAACAACAUAGAAUAUACACUUUUCAUAUUAGUUCACUUCUAGCUAGUAUCCAGCAUUCAUUCUGAGCCUAACAUUUGAUCUGAUUUCUUUUCCCAACAAUGUACAUUAAUCUGUCUCAGAAAAAUGGAUUUGAAAACAUUAUACAAAUGAAAUAUAAGAAUAUUGUGUAUUUUGAAAUAAUAGGAAAACUCAAAUGUGUACUUCUGUGUUACUGCAACUUGUGACUAAAAAAAACAUAAAAAAUUUGUUUAAAGCCUACUAAUGUAAAUAAAAAUGAGACUAAAAUUGUGUGUUUUUAUUGAUUUGAAUAACAGUUUGCCUUUUUCAGAGUGAUACCCCUUGUGUUAGUGUUUCAAGGUGUCUCAGAGUGAGACCUAACGUUAUAGUAGGCCUCUACACUGACCUGCGAUGUCAUACAAAUCUGUGACUUGGCCAUGCGCUAUUGGUCUCCACUACCCAUACAGGUUGUGACAUCGCAGGUUGGUGUUCAGGCCUUCUGUGUCUAUUGGUCUCACUCAGCAGUUCAAUUAAUCAGCUUGUGCAUACAUACCAUAUGCUUUUCAAAACAGAUGAUGAGAAUUUUGUUCUUUAUCUGCUAUAUAAACUUUUUUUCACUCAAAAUAUUUGGUUGAAGAGUGCAAUUUAUGGUACUGGUAAUUAUAAGAAACUAGUUUUCUAACCACACAGAAAUGUUUUUUUUUUAACUUUUAUUUUCAGUUCACACUCUUAAGUUCACACUUCAUUCUUAAUCAACACCUUGAGUUCAGAAACACACAAUUCAAAUAAUUUAUUUGGACAACUUUUCAUUAUCUUAUAAAGCUGAAAUUUUGCACAUAAGCUUGUGCUGCAUGACAACACUUUUAAGAGAGAUCAGUUCAUUAAUUAUUAAAUUAAUCAACAAAAUCGUUUUACCUUAUGUAGAGAGACAAUAUAUUUUAUUAACAUUUCCGAAAGAUCACUUCAUUAAUUAUUGAAUCAAGUAAAUUAAUUGUUUAUGUUAUUUUGGUAAAAGUAAAAAAAUUGUUGGCCAUUUUAUUUUCUAUACAAUUAAAUAGUAUUUACAAUCUAGAUUUAUAAUUUAUGUUUGAACUUUUGUAAUAUGGUUAGUUAUAUUGUUAGGGCACCAUGAUGAUAUACUCUAUAUCUGUAUUAGCCAUUUUAUUUUUCAAUGAUUCUUUUGUUUAAUAUAUUAUUUGAACUUAAAGUAGCAAUUUCUUUUUUUUUUUAAUUUAUAUUACUUGUUAGGCUUACAAAUAUAUUUUUCAUUUCAUAAGUUGGCAGCAUUUGGUUUCUUUUAAAGGAACUUCUUUUGAUUAAUAAAUUCUGUAUAAAUAGCAAUGAUGUUGCUAAGUCAGUUGUUUUGUUGUCCAAAUGGAACAGUAUUAUUAAUCGAAAGACUUUUUAAAUUCUAUUCAAUUAUCUCUUUUCGAAAGACUUGUUCUGUAAUGAUUUCGUUGUUAUAUAUUCCUCUUCCAGGCUCUUAAUGUCAUAACUCACAGGAUCUCAUACAGUUAAUCUUAUAGAAUGUAUUGCUUCAUAAUAUACAGCAUGCAUUUGAACCAAAGAUAUAUAUAUUCAUAUAUAAUAGUCAGCCAUGUUGCAUUCUUUGAACUCAGUUUAGAAUAUGGAAAAGAAUGUAUUGAAACUUGUGUCAAAAAAGGUUUCCUUUUAAAUCUAGAAAAAUAUUUUGCAUGUUAACUUAACAUUUAUUCUAUACAUAUAAUUCUCACAUAUCAUGUAGUUGUUUUAUUUCAAGUGAAAACAUUUGUUUAAUUUUGAAGUCUUGCUGCUAAUUUUUGCAUAUUCAAAGAAGAGUAAUUUAAGUUUAGAUAUCCAUUAAUAUGGUUUAUAAAUACAUUGAACUUAAGAAAAGAACUGCUCUAUUUCUCUCUACUUUUGUAGAAAAUAGUAGGCUGAAUUUCUUUUUGUUUUUAAGUUGGCAAAUUGUAUAGAUAUUUGUUGUGAUAUUGACUUAGUUGUUUUAUUUUAAAUCAGAUGCAUACUUUAUAGAACAAAUACAUUCUCUCAUACUGUUUUAGUUAAUUUUAUAUCUUUGGAAAUAAACUUGACAUAUUACUUGA